AUGUAUGUGAAAUGGUUUGAUACAGGAAUGUUAUAUUAUGUGAUUUUAGUGUAUUUAGUGAAUGUCACUUUUUGUCAUUUUCACAUUUCCUGCCAGUUCCGUCCCCCGUACGUCUCGACGCUCGCAGGGAAUGGAACCCGGAAGAUAGAUGCCGGCAUCAGCAGGAGGACAUUGCUGGGGACACUGCAGGAGGGACAUCGCGGGAGCGCAGGACAAGGUAAGAGAAGAAGAGAUCCCGGAGCAACGCUGCAGUGUAUUCCCGAGUGUAGCUCGGGGGGGUUACCGCUUGUGCUACACUCAGGAAUACCGCCAGGGGGGUUA